GUUGGUUCCGGUCUUCGUCAGCCAACCAGGAACCAGGAACGGUUUUGUGAUCUGGACUGAAGCGGAUGAGACCAGCGACCAUUGUUCCGUUUCUCCUCCCAUUACAGGCCAAAAACAAGACCCCGGCGGUGCUUCCAGCCUAAACAAAGCUAAUCUCAUUUGUCACCACAAGCUGGCAGAGUUUGAUAAUUAUUGUCCCAUUUUUGUGGCCCUCAACGUCCUCCCAACCCGAGUGAGGGUUUUGCUUGGGUUUGACAGUCCGCUGCUAAAUGGAAAUAAAACGAGGAGCUGAAAAUGGCAGCAAUAGAGCUAAUGACCUCCCAGUGCAUUACCUCCGCCUCCUGGCCCCGCCCUUGCAGCUGCUCUCAGCAGCUAUGUGGCGCAUCGUGCAGCAGGGACUCGUGGACCACUACGGCAUGCUGGAGGAGUUUGUUACCAUGGUGACGGAGCUGGUCCCUGAGCUGAUGAGCUACAGUCAGAGGGCUCAGCUCAUACUGGGACUCAGGGCCAGGCUUGUUCUGGAGUUGUGUCGCGGUGAGCAGCCGGUGGACAUGCAGACCAUGCAGCCACAUCUGGAUAGAAUUAAGGCGCCUGUCAGCACAGCCAAGGAUAACCAUAGUACCAUAGACCUAGUGGAGGAGUCUGAAGUCAACUUUGUGGAGCUGGUUCACUCAUUACUAGAGGACCCAGGAGAGAGGAAAUACUUUUUUGAGGAGACCUUUCUUUCAUACUUUGGACCAAAGUUUGAUGCUGCACUGGAGAUGCUUGUGUGGGAGUUCAUAUCCAGACUGGAGGAGCUCCUUCCUGUUCCGGACUUCACACAGUUGGCCGCUUUGCUUGGAGACGCCCCGUCCUUCCUCAGCGACUGUUUACAAACAUUUUUCCCACCAGCGGACAUGAAGGCGCUACUUGAACACCACAGAAACCUUGGUCAUUUUGAAGAGAAAGAUCCCAGAUUAUUACCCAUGGACGACUGCAUCCUCACCUCCAUGUCCCUGCCUCCUGGGACUAAAGCCCCCACCGAAGUUACCUCCUACCUGCCCGCUCACAGAGACCCCAGACCCUCGGAGCAUCACGUCUCCACCAACACGGAAAGCCCGCUUCAGGCGAGGAACUUUUCUCAAAAGACGAGCGGGGCACCGUGCGAGGAAACCAUCGACCUUACGGCGUCCAACGAUACUGAGGCAGAUGUGCCGGCAGACGUGCCGGCAUAUGUGCCGGCAGACGUGCCGGCAAACGUGCCGGCAGACGGCGAGCUACUCAGCCAAAGCUUCAGAGGAGGUCGGGCACUCAGGAAGAGGAAACUGAGCGGUAGUGGCUGCGGCGUGGUUGAGAACCCUAAGCUGCCACCAGAGGCCUCGUCGUUUUUAGAUUCUUCAGUGGAUGAUGAGAAUUCUGGUGAAUCCCCUCUCAUAUCCAUAUGGGGAGACUAUACAGAUUCUCGCGAGGGUCCCGUCCUAGCAGUGGUGGACACAAAGGUUCCCUGGUCGGAAGAGGAGACCCUAUAUCUGCUGGAUAUUUGGGGCAGCGACUCUGUGCAACAGGCCUUGAAAUGCUGCCUAAAGAACCGCCACAUUUACGUCCAGAUUGCCCAGAAGAUGGCCGAGGGGGGCUUCAUUAGAACGGUGGAGCAGUGUCAGACACGCAUCAAACGCCUCAAGAAGGGCUUUCGCCAAAAUAGAAGCAGUUCCAGACUGGAAUAUAAAUUCCAAGAGCAAAUGGAGCGGAUACUUGGCUCCAAUAUUUCCUGUACUGCUCCGGACACGGUGUAUGAUGUGGACGAGGUUGUUGACGACGAAGAGUCAAGGGAUGGUGAUGAGGACUUGCAGUUUGUCGGGCAAAGCAAUCAGGGAAUGGGGACUAGAAACAUGCCGUGGACGGAGUCUGAGACGCUGGCCCUCAUCAACACGUGGGGUCAAGAAAAGAUCCAACAGGAGUUGAAAGGAAGUAACAGAACCAUGCACAUGUUCUCCAUCCUCUCCAACAAAAUGGCGGCCCUUGGCUUUUCUAGAACCCCUGAACAGUGUCAGACCAGGCUCAAGCGGCUGAAAUCUAAUUUCAGGCAGUGCUACGAAAGCAAUAUGAAGGGUCUGGAGCAAGUCCCCUGCAAGUUUUACAACCAACUGGCCAGAUUUUUAUUGAAGGAACACCCGGCAACGAAUGAUACACCAGCAGAGCCUGACGACAACUUCUCUCCUUCGUGCACAAUUCAGGACGUCGUGUCUCUUGUCAGCCUUCAAGACGACAGGAAGAAAGUGCCGUGGUCCGACAAAGAGACCAUCAUUCUCCUGGAGCUUUGGGGAGAAUCGCAGAUCCUGCAUAACACCAGAGGCUAUCCGCCUAAUGUUCACAUUUUUAGUGAAAUAUCGGAGAAACUUGCAGUGCACGGCUUCACCCGCACCGCCGACCAGUGCCACACCAGAAUCAAGCGGCUAAAGUCCAGCUAUUGGCAGUGCCGGGAAAGCAUUAGCUCUUCCAGUAGUGACCAAGUCAACUUCAAAUUCUUUGAUUUGAUGGAACAAAUCUUGGACAAGCGACCGUCCACAUCUUCGGCCACGGUCACAGACCCCAUUGAGAUUUCUGAAGACUCCAAUGGCGACUCGGUGAUGGAAACAGAGGGAGUAAGCAGAGCUGCAGCCGCCUGCUGGUCGGACGAGGAAACGUCAGUGCUGAUCGACAUCUGGGGGGAGGCGGAGGUGCAGAGGUCACUAAGUGGCUUUGUGUCCAACGGGCAUGUUUAUGCGGAAAUUUCCGGGCGGAUGCACGACCUUGGAUACAGCAAAACACCGGAGCAGUGCCACCAAAAAGUCAAGUUGCUGAAGGACAACUUUAUUCAGUGUUAUGAGGGCGAGAAAUGUGGGCAAAGAGUAGAAGACAAGUUCUACAGUCAGCUGCAGCAAGUGUUCGGGGUGGACGUGGUGUCGCUUGAUGACUACGAGGAAAAAGACGAGCAGGACGCAGGAACAGACAACCUGAACACUCAUUGGAAUGAGCAGGAGACCGAGGCCCUGCUGGAUAUUUGGGCUGCAGACGACGUGCAGCACAACUUGAAGACCUGCAUCCGCAAUGGGCAUAUAUAUGCAGACAUUGCAGAAAGGCUGGCCACUGUCGGCUACAUGAGGAGCGCCGAGCAGUGCCAGAUCCGAAUCAAAGCGCUAAAGAAGACCUACAAGCGGCACUGCAACAGCCGCAGAGAUGGGCGAUCUGGACCCUUCCGCUACUUCAACCUCAUUGCGUCGGUGCUGGGGGACAACUGUGUGCCCAAUGAUGUGGACGCUUCCUCUGGUGAAGUUCACAUGCAACCUCUCGAAGACACUUUCCCAGUCCUCUAUGAGCAGCCCUCCACCAGCCACCCGCUGCCCGACCCGGGCAGGAAGACACCGUGGUCGGACCAUGAGACCCGCACCCUGCUGGAGAUCUGGGGGGAGGACAAUGUCCAGCUCACGUUGAGGGGAUGCCUGAAGAACCGCCACGUAUUUGAGUUCAUCUCUGAGAAGAUGGGCAAUCGUGGAUACACAAGGACCACAGAGCAGUGCUACACUCGCAUCAAGCGCCUUAAAUAUGGCUUCCUUCACGAAAAAAUGGACUUUAAAUUCUUCAGAGAGAUGGAACAGAUCUUCAGGAGGGAGUUAAAAGCCGACACUUCAGUCCCAGACGAGCCUGAUGAGGACAUGUAUGAACCCAUCCAAGAUCUGGUGCUCGCCCCAGGCAUCCAGUGGCUGGCUGACAACUCCAGGCACCCGUGGAGCGACGGCGAGACACAAAUCCUCCUGAGCAUGUGGGGGAGCGAAGAUGUGCAGAACACGCUGAAGAGCUGCACCAAGAACAAGCACAUCUUCGAGCAGAUCUCUGAAACCUUGACCAACCAAGGCUAUCAGCGCACACCCCAGCAGUGCCAGACCCGAAUCAGAAAGCUCAAGUAUAGAUUUCGACAAUUCCUCGACGGCAAAGCAGGGGACAAACAGGAGUGCAAGUUUUUCGACCAGCUGGUGAAGAUAUUUGGCACCAAUUAUGUCGGCUCCGAACCACAGCCCGAUGAUUCAGCUGAUGUCAUAGACUCGUAGUUAAAAACGUCCUUUAUCGCGGUGCCAAAUUAUAGAAGAAGAAGAAGAAACUGUGAAGUAAACGUCUGUGCUGGGCAGCUCCUUCCUGUUGCCAUAUUUGGGCAUGUCCAGCCCUCUCUGAGUGAGAAGACACAUGAACAUAUGAGUGUGUCCUCAAUGGUGAGUCACAGACACUCGCCGUCUUCCUCUGGAAAAUAUUGUUUUUCAACAAACAUGUUCCACCUUUUUCUACUUCAUUUCACUUUGGUGUGGUCUGCUCAGAUCCACCAUUUACCAGUUUGUACUUGAUUGUAUAAAGUUUGUUGUAUAAAAUUUGAAGUGCUGAAGACUUCUUGAACGUCUUACGCAGCGUUUUAUUUAUUUCAAACACUUCUGUAUGUGGGCCAAAGUUUUCUAGCUAAUUUAUUUUGUCUUUUUCCCUCCACUUUCCCUGAGGUCUUUUUUAUUAUGUUCAUGUGUACAAUCCAUGUUUUUAUCAUAUUCAUGUUUAAUUCAGGUUUUAUUGUUGUGAUUUGUCAUGUUGGAUUUCACACUUUGUACACUGGGAUCGUAAUAAAUAAAACUUUGGGGUAAAGUGCCUCAUUUAUUCAA